CGUAUUUUAGGGCUAAGGGCUAAGCCUACUUUUAUAACUUAUAAUGGGAUGAAAAUUUAAAUGCAGUCUGGGUUGAUAUUGUUAGAAGACAACACUACUAUAAUGAAAUGUACCAAGUUAUGAAAUCAUUGUAUUUCCAGUAUAAUGAGAGCAAGAUGUGUACCAAGUAUACAGAAAGUGAUCCUAUUCAUGGUAGUAUUGGUGAUAAUGCUUCAGGUUUAUCACAUUUACCUCAUGGGGCAACUGGAAGAUUUCAAAGACACAAAGAAUUACCCUAACUCUGUGUGGGAUGGAAUAAUGCAGAGAGUUAGAGACGCUUACAAGACUGACAGCAGCGGGUUUUACUUCCUUGUGCCUGAUAUUCUUGGGAGCAAUAAACAACAUCCCACAGAUUCAUAUGACCUUGCUCUGGUGACCCACACUACCUCCAAUCAUCUACAUAACCUUGUGCAAAUAAGCAAGAGGUGGGCGGGACCUAUCUCUGUUUCAGUCUUCACACACAGUCAUGAUGCUGACUUUGCGCUUCAACUCAUUCAGAAUUUAUAUGCAUGUUACAGACAUAUACAGCUCAAUGUUUUUUUCCAUUUAGUUUUCCCUGUCUCAAGCCAUACCAACAUAACAAAGAUUCCAUACCAUGAUGUGGACUGUAUUGAAGAAUAUUUUGCUAAAUCAUCUAAUCAAAACUUUGUCCUUGAGGACAAAUUAAAAUACCCACAUAAUAUUCUUAGAAACCUUGCCAUAAAAACAUUGGCAGCCAAAUUUGUUCUUGCUAUUGAUAUAGACAUAUAUCCUUCAGCAAAUCUGUUAUAUUCAUUCCAAAGGGAUCUUUUGUCUUCCAGUUCUGUUGGUGAUAGGACAGCAUAUAUUGUACCUGUAUUUGAAACAGGUGAAAAUCAUAUUCUGUCCACUAAACAAGAGCUCUUGCAAAAUAAAAAUAUACAUCCAUUUUAUGCAAAUGUGUGCCAUUGGUGUCAAUUUGCAACAGAUUAUCAUAGAUGGGAAUCCCUCCAGAGCAGUGAAAAACUAGAAGUGGCAUAUGAAGUUCAGUGGAAACUCCCAUACGAACCAUUCUUUAUUGCACACAAGUCAUUACUACCACUCUAUGAGGAGAGAUUCAAACAGUAUGGCUACAACAGAGUCAGCCAGAUCUGUGAGAUGUAUGUUGCUGGAUACAAGUUUUUUGUUCUGAACAAUGCUUUCCUGGUUCAUAAAGGUCAGAAGCAAAAGAAUACAUUCUACUUGGAAAAAGUGAAGGACCAUAGAGAAAAUAAAGCUCUCUUCCAAGAUUUCAAAGAGGAACUGAAGUCAAGAUAUCCAGAUUCAACGAGAACUUGUUAAGGAUAAAAAAAAUUAUAAGAAAUAUUUUACAAUUUAUUCAUUAAAAGAAAUCAAAUGUU